AUGGCUUCAGCUACGACCAGAGAUUUCUCUCGACACAUGCAAGGAAGGCAAGUGCGCCAAGCCGCCGCCCAACCUACGGGCGCGCUCGAAGUUCGACCAGAGAUUUCUCUGCCUUCUCUCCAUGUUCCUGCCCAUUGGCUCCGAGACCCGGCCUUUUACCAACGCUGCCUUUUCGACGCGGCCGCCCGCUUCAGUCUCGGGCCUGUGAACCACAAUCUGGCCCAGCGCUUGGGGUCGCGCGCGUUGCCGAUGGACUAUUCCGUGGUGGCCGACUUGGAAUACCUCCAAGCACUUGCAGAGAUUGACGGAAGAGUCGGUCCUGGUCUUGAAUAUUCUAAUCUGGAUUCUGUUUUAGUUUUGGACGGUGUGGAUUUGGCGGCACCGAAGGGCGGUACUGGUGUAUCAAGAAGUGCGAUUAGGAAGUUGAUCAAGAAGGGUGGCUUUGUUGCGGAGAAGAGCGAUCAAGAACUGGGUACUUGCAGUGUCUGUUUGGAGGAGCUUUCGUCGCCGGAUAGGGGAGCGGAGCUUCUUCGGAUGGAUUGCUCGCAUCUUUAUCACCGGCGUUGUAUUCUUCCCUGGUUGGAGAAGCGGAAUUCUUGUCCCACCUGCCGGCGCGAAGUGGGUCGAUGA